AUGGCUGAAGCGUUUGCCAAAGUAGUGCUUGAAAAUCUGAAUUCCCUGAUCCAAAAGCAAUUCGGAAAGCUUUGGGGGGUCAAGAAAGAGAUGGAAAAGCUCUCCAGCAUGCUCUCAACGAUUAUUGCUGUUCUUGAAGACGCUGAGGAGAGGCAGUUCACAGACUGCGCGAUCAAGAAUUGGCUGCAGAAACUUGGGGAUGUUUCCUUUGAGCUGGAUGAUGUUUUGGAUGAUUGUGAAAUGGAGGCCUCUUGGUUGGAGAUUGAAGGACAAAAGCAUAGAUGGACCGGAAUGGUACGCUCUUCUUUAUCUUGUUUCAAACCGAUGAAUACUUUGUUUCGUCUAAGGAUCGCAAACAGGACGAAAGAAAUUGGAGAUAGACUGGAUCAAAUCGCAAAUGAGCGAAUGAAGUUUCACUUGAGGGAAGUGGUUGGGGAGAGGCAAGGCCAAGCUAUAAGAGAAAGACGUGAAACUAGCUCCUUUAUUACUCAGCAACAUGUGUAUGGAAGAGAAGAAGACAAGGAAAAAGUUAUUGGCUUUUUAGUAGAUGAUGCAAGGAAUUGUGAGAAUAUUUCAAUCUACCCCAUUGUUGGUCUGGGGGGCAUGGGAAAGACGACUCUUGCUCAGCUUGUAUUUAAUGAUGAGAGAGUUGGUAGGCAUUUCGAAUUUAAGAUGUGGGUAUGUGUUUCUGAAGAUUUUGAUGUGAAGAGAUUGGUGAAAGCAAUUAUAGAAUCGGCAACUGGUAGAUCUUGUGAAGCAUUGGACAUGGAUCCUCUACAAAAAUGUCUUGGGGACAUUCUUAAAUGGAAGCGGUUCUUGCUUGUUUUAGACGACGUUUGGAACGAAGAUCACGAGCAAUGGGACAUGUUAAAAUAUGUACUGGAUUGUGGAUCAAAUGGCUCUUCAGUUGUUGUUACUACUCGUCUAAAAAAAGUUGCUUCAAUUAUGGGAACAACGUCAAUUCAUUUCUUAUCAGGUUUGUCAGACGAUGAUUGUUGGUUGUUAUUCAAGCAACGCGCCUUUGGUAACGAAAGUGAGGAACUACCUAACCUAGUAAAAAUUGGGAAGGAAAUUGUGAAAAAAUGUGGGGGAGUGCCACUUGCUGCAAAGGCUUUGGGAGGCUUAAUGCGUUUUAAAAAUGAGGAACAUGAGUGGCUUUCUGUUAAUCAAAGCGAAAUAUGGAACUUACCGCAAGACAAAUGCUCCAUAUUGCCUGCUUUAAGAUUGAGCUACUUUCAUCUUCCAAUACAGCAAAGACGUUGCUUUGCUUAUUGUGCGGUAUUUCCCAAGGAUGAUAUGAUUAGAAAUGAAAGUUUAAUUCAUCUUUGGAUGGCUAAUGGACUUAUUUCUUCUAAAGGAGGACUCGAGGCGAUGCAUGAUUUAGUUCAUGAUCUUGCUCAAUUCAUUAUGGCAGAUGAAUGUGGUGUUUUGAUGAUUUAUAAGAAUAAUUCCAUUAAUUUGCCAUUAAGACUUCACCAUCUCACAUGCAACUUUACCGACAUGGCUCCAUUGGAUGAAGUGCUUGACAUACCUUGCGCACGUUUAUGUUUAUUACACAUGCCUCCAAACAUUGGGAAACUAACUAGUCUAAGGACAUUGAGCAAUUUCAUUGUUGGAAGGAGAAGCGGGCAUCGCUUGAAUGAGUUGCACAAUUUAUCCAAUCUAGGUGGCCUUCUCUGCAUAAGCAAUCUCAAUAAAGUGCUUCCAGCCUUCAGGAAACUGUCAUCUUUAAAAGAGCUCAAAAUAGCUAACAUGAGCAGGCUCCCAUAUGUUGACUCGGAGCUGUAUGAUGAAAAUUUGAGAGGUUUCGUGUGCUUGAAAAGUCUUUAUCUGAUAGAUUUACCAAAUCUAGAAGGGCUGACAAGGGAGGGAGGAAGAGAGAUGUUCCCUUGUUUGUCAAACUUUUGCAUGGAUCGAUGCCCUAAACUGACCUUGCCCUGCUUGCCAUCUGUCAAAUUAUUUGAAGUAUUGAAACCAAGUGAAGUUUUACUAAAAUCCGUUCCAAAGCUCGACGGUCUUACUUCACUUCUCCUGACUGUUAACUGUGAUGUGACUUCAUUUCCCAAUGCGAUGUUGCAAAAUCUCACCACCCUCCAAUUCCUUAAAAUUACUGGAUUCACCAAGCUUCAAGAGUUUCCCGCCGUUAUACAACUCAACAAUUUGUUGGUUUUGGGGAUCAGUUUCUGUCAUGAGCUUGAGUGCUUACCGGAGAGAGUAUUCCAAAGCGCUACCCGUCUUAACUGUUUCAAAAUCAGAAGUUGUAAGAAGUUGAAAUCGUUGUCUGAAAGUUUUUGCAACCUCACGGCUCUUCAAUCAUUGGAGCUUGAUGAUUGCCCCGAGUUGGAGGGUUUUCCGGAUGGUCUUAACUACCUUUAUUCUCUCCAAAAAUUGAGAAUGGAUCAUAACUACGGAUUUAGCGUGUCUGCUUCUCAUAAGUUGGCUACUUUUCCAGAGGCCUUGCAACACCUUCCCUCACUUGAAUUUAUGAGUGUAUCUUAUUUUCAAGAGCUCAGAUCACUACCUGAUUGGCUUGGAAAUCUAACAUUUCUCCAAGAAUUAGAACUAAUAGGUUGCCCAGAUUUUGCAUACAUACCUGCGAGCAUUCAAAACCUCACCAACUUAAAGAAAUUGACAAUUGAGUCAUGCCCUGAAUUGGAGGAGAGAUGUGAUAGGGAAGUGGGAGAGGAUUGGCACAAGAUAUCCCACGUUCCAGAUGUUUAUGUUGGGCCAAGGAACUAUUGGGAAACCCGCAGCAGGAAAAGUUUCAGUUACGAACUUCAUCCCAUGGACUAUGACAGGCUUCGUCUAUUUCUCCUCUACGAGACCACUUAA